AUGGAGAGUAUGCCCAGUGAGACCACAAUAAAUUCUGAACAAUAUAAAAGUAAAGACAGUACGAAUAUUUGUAGAAAUGAGAAAUCUACUGCAUAUUCCGAAAAUUCAGAUAUAUCUAAUAAUAAAGAGGAUUAUAAUGAUAGAAAAGAUAAUUUUGAUAAGAAAUUAUGUGAUAAUAUGAAUGACAAAAUAAAUAUAUAUGAUAAUAUAAUAAGUGAGAUAAAAGAAUUAUAUAAUGGUAAUAUUGUUAUGAAUAAUAAAGGGUUAGAUAAAUUAAAUAUUAGAAAUGUAGCUAAAGGUUUAUUUUUAAAUAUAAAUAAAACGAUAUCAAAAAAGGUUAGAGUAUUAGUAAUUGGAAAUUCUUCAUCAGGUAAGAGUACAUUUAUUAAUUGGUUUUUACAAGAGAAUAUUCAAAAAACAGGUUAUGAAUAUGAAACAAAUAAUUUUACUCUUAUAACAAGUGGAAAUUAUUUCUCAGAAUUUAAUGGUGACAUAACAGUAAGAACAUUUGAUUUCUUAAAACAAAUAUCUAAUAGAAAUAGAAAUUUUAAGAAUAAUUUAUGUACUAAAAUGUAUGUUAGUAAAAAUAUGGAAACUAAAAAUAUAGAUUUCAUAGAUACACCAGGAUUAAAAGAUAUAAUGAAUAAAUUAGAUUUUGAUAUCAAUAGUAUUAUUUAUGAUUUAUCAGAUUAUGUUGAUAUUAUACUUGUUUUCUUUGAUUCUUCUGGUAAAUCAUUAAGUAAUCGUUUAUUAUUAAUAAUAAAAGAAAUAUAUGAAAAACAUAUGGAAAAAAUUAUUUUCAUUUUUUCUAAAAUUGAUGAAAUAAAACAUGAAGAAGAUAGAAUCAAACUCUUGUGUCAAACAACACAAUGUUUAACAACCAAAAUUAAUAUUAGACAUAAUAUUGAUUUAUUACCUAUAUAUAUAUAUGGUGCUAAAUCUGGAAGAUAUCUAUUCGAAAGUAACAAAAAUAAUGAUGACCUAUGUAUUGUUAAUCGAAUUAAUGAUAUUAUAUAUGAAAUCAAAAAAUUGUUUUUCAAAAAAUUAGAAAGGGAUUUAUAUUGUUUGAUAAAUGAUUGUGAUAGUAUCAUAAAUAAAAUACUCGACAUAUUAAAGACCGACGGUGAAAGAAGGAUGCACAAAUCUUCCCUCAAGCGCGAGAGAGUAAAACAUACAGUUAUACAAGUCUUCCUCUUUUUGGUUUUUAUGCUACUUUUAUUCAUGCAGCUGCCCGAACAAAAUUAUUAUAAGAGUUUUCUCUUGAGCUAUUUCAAUUUUGCUAACAAUAGCGUCUAUAUAAAUUAUGUUAAGAACACCGGAAUUAUGCUGAACAAUUGGGAGAAUUCUUAUAUUAUGAUAAAUGUCAUUUUAGUUUUCUUUUUCUUGUUAAGUGGAAUUAUGAAAAAGAAAUUUUCGAAGAAUAUAAAAACGUUACAUGUAUCAAGCAAGGAAAUAUUGAGGGAGCAACUCACAUUUGCCAAGUUUGCAAAAGAUAGAGGAAAGUAUUUAGCAAAAACUUUUUAUGAAUUAAAACAAACAUAA